UUCACCUUCCUGAUUACUUACAUUUCCGUGCGGUUUGCCGUCGGAUACGGUCUUGAUGAGGAUUGUCAAUCCAGAAGGUGUCAUUACAUAUUGCGUGACUAUACCUUAUCUGGUGACAUACUUGAGCGUGCAGCUCGUUCAAAAUGUUACCAAUCGCUUAUAAAUUGGUUGAUCGAUCAUGGUGCUUCUUUUCAAGUGGUUCCAGGUGGUAUUGAUCGGCUCUGUUGCGAAGCAUUCGAGCAAGGCGACUUUGAAAAGUUUCGCUGGCUGUUCUCAAAAGGAGCGUGUUUAUAUACUUUGGCUGAAAUGGUGUUCAAAGGUCCUGGACUUGAUGGGCCAAGGUCGCAUGAAGCUCGCCGCUCUAAAUUGCCUCUGUUGAAAAGGGCCCUGAAAGAAGGAGCAAGACCUUGUGGCUCCCACGAGGGCUUAAAACAGAAUCUAAUCUUGCGUCGAAGAAGUCGUUUAGCUAGAUAUGCAGCUUGGAACACAUCAUCUAAGCACGUGGUAUCUCAAGCGAUCAAGUUGCUGAAGGACUGUGUUGCAUCCCGCUCAUCCCGAUCCCAAUUCCAUCACCUUGCUGAUAUGGAAAAACAAGAUUUGACCACCGUUCAUGGUCAAAACCAUGACGUCAUUUCCCUUUAUAACUAUAGCUAUCGGGAGUUGUUUUAUUUACAGAUGAUUUGUCUUCUAUUGAACUUGCUCCAUCAUUAA